AUGGGUAACUUAAAUGAACAAGAGUUAGUAGGACUAGCUCUAAUACUAGUUGGUGAAGUCAUUUUUUUCUCUUCGUCGGAAGAAAAUGAGGAAGAUGAUCAUGACUUUGAACUUGCAGCGCCAUUUUUAACCGUCAACAAUGUUAUACCUAGAAUGGAAAAUUAUGUCGAAAAGAUUGUACCCCAGUUCAACGAUGGACAGUUCAAAUCUCAUUUUAGAAUGCUUCCAAAAACUUUUGAAUUCGUACUCAACAUAAUUGUACCAAAAUUGGUUAGGAAAAAACCUGGAUGUCCAACUAUCAAACCAAACAAGCAGUUUCUUAUAGCAAUUUGGAAAAUGGUUACCCCAGAUUCAUACAGGUCAAUUUGUGAAAAAUUUAAUGUAGGGAGAGCAACUGCAUUGAAAUAUGUAAGAAGAGUGGUUAACGCUUUAGACAUUCUAGCACCUGCUUUUAUUGUAUGGCCUAAUGAGGAAAGAGCAAAGGUUAUUAGAAAUGGAUUUUUUGCUACUAGUAACUUUCCUAAUGUCCUCGGUGCAAUAGAUGGGACCCACAUAAACAUACCGGCACCUCAUGAUCAUCCAGAGUCUUACGUUAACAGAAAAGGUCACCACUCAAUUCAACUUCAAACUGUUUGUGACCAUCAGUGUAAAUUUAUUAACUGUUAUGCCGGAAACGUUGGUUCAGUUCAUGACCAACGAGUGUUUCAUUUGUCUGAAUUACACGAAAACAUUAACAACCCUACAAAAUUUCCCAACAACUCCCAUCUUGUUGGUGAUGCAGCCUACACGUUGCAAGAACACCUAUUGGUACCUUACCGAGACGAUGGACAUCUCACUGAAAAACAAAAAAACUAUAAUUUUUGUCAUUCUUCGUCACGAAUGGCAAUUGAGAGGUCAUUUGGAUCGCUUAAAGGCCGUUUUCGCAGUCUCCUUACCACACUUGCUAUGGAGCGUGUUGAUCUUAUUCCAAAAUUUAUUAUAGCAUGCUGUUUGUUACAUAAUAUAUGUUUAUUGAAGAAUUAUGAUAUUGCAAAUACAGUUGAGGUAUUACCAGAAGCCGUCCAUGAUCGAGAUCCAGUAGGAAGAACUGUUGCAAUAAACCGACUAGCUGUAUUUAAGAGGUAUAAUAUUUGUGAACGAUUACCUAUUCGAAAUGUAUAA